CUAUCCUCAUAAUGGCCGUGUACUGGGUGACUGAGGUAAUACCAUUGGCGGUGACCGCCCUUCUACCCAUGGUUCUAUUUCCUACACUGGGUGUGCUGGACUCCAAGAGGACGUGUUCAAACUACCUGAAGGACACCAACAUGUUGUUUGUUGGUGGUCUCAUUGUAGCCACAGCUGUAGAGAAAUGGAACCUACAUCGCAGGAUAGCGCUGCGAGUGUUGUUGUUGGUGGGAUCGAAACCAGCUUGGUUGAUGUUUGGAUUCAUGUCAACGACGGCAUUUCUUUCGAUGUGGAUGAGUAAUACCGCCACCACAGCCAUGAUGGUGCCCAUAGCGCAUGCCGUGAUCGUCGAACUACUGGAAAAGAAACGACAGUUUGCUAAGGGCAUAACGUUAUGCAUCGCGUAUGCUGCUAAUAUCGGUGGUACAGCUACACUCACUGGAACUGGUCCUAACUUAGUCAUCAGUGGACAGGUGGAAAGGCAGGUCAUUUGGUUUGGUCAGUCGGAUUUAUCCGUGUCGCAUUGUAUCGAUACAUUUAGUAAACAGAACGUUCAUUCGCCAGUGCGUCUGUACGGACCCGACGCGGUUAUUGACUUUGGUUCGUGGUUCAUGUAUGCUUUCCCUGGUAUGCUGGUGUGCCUAUUUCUGGCAUGGUUGUGGUUAGGAGUUGUUUACUUGAACCUGAGAAAAAUUCUUCGUGGAUGGUUUAGCCAGUGUGUCCAUGGCCAAAUAGGUCAGUGCUGUCGGCAAGCGUGUUCUUGCAAUUGCUGCUGCUGUAAAAAAAGAACAGAAGGAAAAGCAGAUGACCCCGUUACUGCUGUUAUACAAAAACAAUAUGAUGAGCUUGGACCGAUGACGUGGGCUGAAAAAGCUGUACUUGGUCACUUCAUUCUUUUAGCGUUUCUAUGGUUGUCACGUGACCCAAAAUUUGCCCCUGGUUGGGUGUCGGCUUUUAUACCCGGCGCGCUGAAUCAAUUCAAUCAAGUUCGAUUGUUUGUAUGUUACCGAUUCUACUGCAGGCGUGUUUGUCUCAUUUUACUAUUUUGUUUUCCUGCCCGUCCUCCAAACUUCGGUUGUCUUAGAAUGCGUCAAGAUGAUUCGGUAGCAGGUCCAAAGCAAGCGUUAUUGGACUGGCAUACAGUGAAUACAAAGCUACCGUGGAAUGUUGUGAUCUUAUUGGGCGGUGGAUUCGCACUGGCUGAGGCCUGUAAGGAAUCUGGGCUAUCUGAAUGGCUUGGCUCUCAGUUUGUAGUACUUGCUGUCAUACCACCGGCCGCCAUGGUCUUAAUAAUCACUGUCAUCAUCGCCAUGUUUACCGAGAUUACUAGCAAUACGUCAACUGCGUCGAUAUUUUUACCGAUUCUCGGUCAGCUUGGAACGAGCAUUGGUGUACACCCGUUUUAUUUCAUGGUGCCAGCUACGGUUGCAUGCUCGUUUGCAUUUAUGUUGCCAGUAGCAACGCCGCCUAACGCAAUUGUGUUUGCGUAUGGUACCCUUUCUAUAGUUGACAUGGCAAGUACUGGUGCCAUGAUGAAUUUUCUAUGUAUUUUAGUGGUGAAUCUCGGUAUCAAUACUAUAGGCUGGUGGCAGUUUGAUUUGGGUACAUUCCCUGAUUGGGCAGCUGCCCCGAACACUACCAUGUCAGCAACCGCGGCGCCGAUCAACUGUUCCGAGUACUUUGCUGCGUAUCUCGACAGUUCAUCUAAUGAGACAUUGGGGUACGAUAUACUGCUAAGUUAAAGGAGCGUCUCGCGAUCAUGUGACCGUUAUAUCUCCAAUCGGCAUCUGAAUUAACUUAAUUUGAAUUGCAGCUAGAUAUAUUUGGAUGAAGAGUGGCAUAGUAGAAUUUCCAACUGUAAACAUUACUCUAUUUUUAGCUCCGCUGUCGACUUUGUCGAGCGGAACUUAUCAUAUGAGUGAUUGUCCGUCGUCGUCCGUCGUCGUCGUCGUC